CACAUUCAAUACGAUCUGACGGGCUGAAGGGAGAGCUUACAGCCAAACAGCUGAUGUACCAAGGUCAUUUGCUUCCAAUGCACCGGUACGCGGGAUAAGCCACGUACGCCUAAUCGAUGACGUAUUUUCCUGUGAUUGGACUAAGCGUUGUUUACGCGUAAUAAAUUACGAUGCAUCAUUAAAACAAAAAAAUGUACUUAUGAGGACUAUAAGAAAAGAUAAAAACAAAUGAGAUUUGCUUUAUACCACGGCGUAGUUGCAAAAGCUCAGUUUCCCUCCUCGUACCAGGAGCUCAGUUUACUCCCGAAAGCGCUUAGGGUGGCUUGAGCUCCAGUGCAGACGUGAGCCUGACGUGAGCGUUUGAGGCUGGCUGAAGCAAUCAAGCAGAAGCGGCUGAGCGUGUGAAGGACGAACACGUAAUGUGUCCACAUAAGUGUGUAUUUGCGUGGAAUUUCCGAAGCAGAAAUGUGUAGGGUUGAGGUGACAGUAUACGUGACUUUAGUAUGAGAAGAAUCCGCUGAACGUAAACGUCGGGCAGGAAUUCAGUAAACGAUGGCAGUGACACAUUCCAUUAGAAUAUUUGUUGUUGUUGUUGUUGUGACGUUGUUUUGUUUUAGCAGUGCAUACUUUGGAACUGAACCAAAAAGAAACGAUCAUUGCUUUUGUCAGUUGAAAGGAAGCAUCGAUGAAUGUGGUUGUAGUGUAGACACAGUAGACCAUUUUAACAACAAGAAAAUAUAUCCACGUCUGAAAAGUCUAUUACAAAAGGAUUAUUUCAGAUUUUACAAGGUGAAUCUGAAAAGGGAAUGUCCAUUUUGGGCAGAUGAUAGCCGAUGUGCUAUGAGAUACUGUCAUGUGGAACCCUGUUUGGAAGAAGAUAUACCACCAGGCUUAAAAGGUCGACAUUUGCGGGAGCUACCAUUUGAAGAAGACAUGUCUGUCAAAUACACAGAAAGUGUUCAGGCAGAAGAUUGUGAAGUUGAUCAUGAUGAUGACCUUGGUUACCUUAAUACUACCAUAAGUGCUGCAGCAUAUGAAGAGUUUGCUCGUUGGAAGGAACAUGAUGAUGCACUUGACAAUUUUUGUGACAUCAAUAGUGAUGAUGAUGAUGCUCAAUAUGUUGAUCUCUCUCUAAAUCCUGAACGUUAUACUGGAUAUAAGGGAAAAUCAGCUCAUCGCAUCUGGAACAGUAUUUACAAAGAAAAUUGCUUCAGACCUAAAAAUAGCUUCAAUUCUUACAUAGCAUCAUCAAAACUUAAUGGAAUGUGUUUGGAAAAACGAGUAUUUUAUAGAGUCAUAUCUGGAUUACAUGCUAGCAUCAAUAUACAUCUGUGUUCCAACUACUUAUUAUCUGAAAAGAGCACUUUAAGCUUUGACUCAGUCACCGGCCAAUGGGGUCCUAAUUUAGAAGAAUUUUUACUUCGCUUUGAUCCACGGAAAACUGAAGGGGAAGGACCUCAAUGGUUACGCAAUUUAUACUUUUUGUAUUUACUCGAGCUACGAGCUUUGGUGAAGGCUGCUCCUUACUUGGAAAGAGAGGAAUAUUAUACUGGUAAUGACCAAGAGGAUGAAGAUGUUAGGCAAGCUGUGAAGGAUAUUUUGCGGGUCGUGAGGUCAUUUCCUGAACAUUUUAAUGAGAGUGUUAUGUUUACUGGUGGGAGUCAGGCCCGUAAACUUAAAGAGGAAUUUCGUCAACACUUCCGUAAUAUUUCUCACAUAAUGGACUGUGUUGGAUGUGAUAAAUGUAAACUUUGGGGAAAACUUCAGGUUCAUGGAUUGGGUACUGCACUUAAGAUAUUAUUUUCUGGAAAAUUUGAUGGAGUGGAUCCGACUGGUGCUGAUUUAAGUCACAUGGCGAAAAGUCAAUUUCAGUUGCAUCGCAGCGAAAUUGUUGCUUUGUUGAAUGCAUUUGGCAGCCAAGGUGAACAUCGUCAUGAAAAGGAACUGCACUCCAAGCUUUUAAAUGAGCUCUCAAGCAAUUCUGUUGGUGGUCUUGAGGGCUUCACAAUUGGUCCUAAAUAUUAA